CACACUACUGUUUGAAGAAAAGAAGUGGAGGAAUUAUCAAAACUUGUUUGAUCAUCACUUCUGUUUGAAUUAUCUCAUAUUUCUUCCACAAGGCUGCUAUCUUGCAAGAAUCAUGAAGAGGAAUCCAUUAAACAUGGAUGAGGAAGAGGAAGGUGAUGAUGAAAGGAAGACGAGGAAUAGUGCAAGCUCAAGCAACAGCAUAGUUGAAGUAGAUGAGAAGAAGGCAGCUUCAAGUGGGGUGCGGCCGUAUGUCAGAUCAAAGAUGCCUAGGCUGCGAUGGACCCCUGAACUUCAUCUUUGUUUUGUUCGAGCUGUGGAGAGACUUGGCGGUCAGGAGAAAGCAACACCAAAACUGGUCUUGCAACUAAUGAACAUCAAUGGUCUUAGUAUUGCUCAUGUCAAGAGCCAUUUGCAGAUGUACCGGAGCAAGAAGAUUGAUGAUCAGGGUCAAGUUUUAAACAACAAGCAGCUUUUGGGAAGUGUAGAUAACCUUUCUCAAAAUCUUUGGCAUCAGGCCAUGCUUCAUGAUCAAAGGAUUAGUUCUGACUUCAGUGAUAUUUCAUGGAGUGCUUUUUGUGGAAACCGUAUGUCUGAGCCUUACUUGACUAAUUGCAUAUAUAGUAGAAGGAAGGCUGGUUCUGGUGGUUCAGACAUGAAUGAAGAACUUGGUUCAAAAGUAAGGAAUGAGGUUUUCUACAUGAACAAUAACUUCAUCUUCAAUCAACAGCCUGCCAGGAAAAUGGAAGACUUGCAAGAUAAAUUACAGUUGCCAGAUGAUUGUGAAACCAUCCAAGCACAAAUGCAGCCAAUACUAAUGCAUCCUUCUUUUGCGAAUAAAUAUAUUGGAGGAAGAGGAGCAGAAAGGCAAAGGAUAGCCAAAAGAAAAGCUCUUGAUGGGGACCUUGAUUUGAGCCUGUCACUGAGCACAAAGCUGAGGCAAGAAGUUAGGAGAAAAACCUCCAAUAUUGAGGAAGAAGCUGCCGAUAGAGAUUUGUCCCUUUCUUUAUAUUCUCCUUCAAAGACAGAAAUGUAUUCUGUGAAUGUAAACAUGGUCUCGAAGAGCUGCAAGUUGAAAGAAGAUGAUUCUACAAUGAAUCUUAAACUGUCGAGUACCCUGGAUCUGACUAUGUGAAUUGCAGACAGUUCUAGUCAGAUCUUGUUGGUACUUGUACAAGGCAAAACAUUAUUAUCAUAGAUUGGUGCCCGACAUGCACUGGAGAGGUAAUGCCAAACCUUUUCAUGA